AUGAGUAGUAAGAAAUAUUUUGAAUUUAUUAAAAAAAAAAAAGUGAAUAAAAUGGGACUGAUGACUAAAAAAGGAACAAAUAAGUAUGAAUUUACUGACAAUCUUAGUUUUUAUUUAAAAAGCGAGUGGAGUAAGUCGCAAUUUUUUAAUUCCGAAGAUAUUCCUAAUUAUGAAUUUAACAUGCUCGCACGAAUAGCUGGUGAUAAGCAGAGCAUUGAUAUACGAGUACAAAAAAGUGAUCUUCGAGCAGCAGUUGCAGUUGUAAAAGUACAAUUAGACAGGCAAAGGCCGAUGAUUAGCUGUGUAGUAGAUUGGAAGAGAAAUGUUGAUUUUAAUAAUUUUAUAUUUUCUCUUGCUGUUGAUGAAUAUUUAAAAAAAGGCUGUGGAUCUAGUUUCAACAAAUAUGUCACAGUGAGUUGUUCAAUAUUCUGGUUUGGAUUCGUUGAGGAUUUUUAUUGUUCGUAUGGAUGCAGACAUGUAGAAAAUUAUUACAAAAGCAAUGAAUUUAGUGACAUGGUGAUUAUUGUUGACGAUAAUAAAUUUCCUGCUCAUCAGAAUAUUUUAGCAAGACAAAGUUCUAUUUUCCGUGAUAUGUUGACUAGUAACUUGAAAAAGUCUGGAGAAAACAGUAUUUCUUUCCCGGGUGUCGAUGUCAAGAUUAUCAAAGAAAUGAUUUUGUUUUUCUACCAAAACAGAUUAGAUGAUGCUGAAAAAGAUGAAGAAAUGGCGUUAAAAUUGGUGAAGUUUGCAGCUAUGUAUCAGAUUGACUAUUUAAAAACUGCUUGUGAAUAUCUUUUGGUGAAAAACUUGAAAAUUGAUAACGUAUUUGACCUCUAUUCUGUCGCUAAGGAUUGUAAUUUAACAACUUUACAACAACAUGCAAUUACGCUUAUUAAAAACAAUAUUUUUGAAAUGGGUGUGAUACCUGAAAAAAGCAAGGAUGAAUUUGCAUUACAUCAUAAAUUCAAAUUAAAUUACCAAAAACACAAGGAAGAAUCAAUUACUCUCAAUACAGCAGAUACAAUAGACAUUCCUGAUACAGAAUUCACUUUUUUUGCCCAAAUAAAUAAUCAUAAAAAUCUGCAUGUAAAAAUAGAAAAAAGUGAUCAAAGAUCAGCAGUUGUAAUCAUUAAAGUACAAAUUGGGAAUCAAAAGCCGAUCAUUUGCCAGUUAGCUGAUUGGAAAAAAACAGUUAAUUUUAACAACGAUCCAAUCCCUCUUACUCUUGAUGUAUUAAAUGGUCACGAAUACGAAAUACCAAUAAAUUUUUCGGUACUCUGGCAAGGUUACAUAGAAGACGUGUAUCAUCUAGAUGUUUGUAAUCGAAUGAAAAAUUAUUACGAUAAUACUGAAUUUAGUGAUUUGAAGUUGAGCGUCGAAGAUAGUGAAUUUCCUGCUCACAAGAAUGUUUUAGCAAAACAUAGUCCUGUGUUCUACAAAAUGCUAACCAGUGAUAUGAAAGAGUCGAAAGAAAACAGAAUUUAUUUUCCAGAUGCCGAUGUUGGUACUAUCAAAGAAAUGCUUCUGUUUUUUUAUCAACAUAAAUUAGAUGAAGCUAAUAAAGAUGAAGAAAUGGUGAUAAAAUUGUUCCAUUUUUCAUCUAUGUACCAAAUUGACAAAUUAAAAACUGCUUGUGAAUAUAUUUUGAUAACAAGCUUGAAAAUUGAAAACGUGUUUAACCGUUAUUCUUUUGCUAAGAAUAAUAAUUCAAGUAUCUUACAGCAACAUGCGCUUAUUUUCAUCGAAAAUAAUGCCUUUGAAAUGCUCGAUGUAACCUGUGAAGAGAUGAAGAAGUGA